AUUGCUUCAGCUAAGUCCAGGUGGCAGUGUGGUCCAAGGUGGGCAAUGCUCUUGGUUCAGUCUUCGGCCCCAAACAAUGAUCGCGGAGAGAGCAAUCGACGCCGUCAGGCCUCUCAAACUCAUCUAUAUCGGCGCCGGCGUUUCCGGAAUUCUUGCGGCAAUUCGCUUCCGUCAGGCAGUACCCAGCCUUGAUCUGGUGAUUUACGAAAAGAAUGCUGACGUUGGGGGAACUUGGUUUGAAAAUCGAUAUCCCGGCUGUGCUUGCGAUGUUCCAUCUCACGCGUACCAACUGAGCUUCGAGUCCUGGCCUGACUGGAGUGACUUUUACGCCAAUGCUCCCGAAAUUUUGAAAUACUGGAAGUUGGUGGCGAAGAAAUACGAUGUGACGAAACACAUCCGCUUUAGACACAAAUGCAUAGAAGCCCGUUGGAAUGAGCAGGCAUGCAAGUGGACGGUCAAAAUUGAGGAUCUGGACACUGGUUUGACCCUGGAAGACAGCGCGGAUGUUUUGAUGACAGGGACUGGGACACUCAACGACUGGAAGUGGCCGGACAUCCCGAAUCUACAUCAGUUUGAGGGACCACUCCUGCAUAGCGCCAACUGGGAUGAGGGGUUUGAUCCCACGGACAAGGCAGUCGCCGUGAUCGGAGGCGGUAGCAGUGGGAUCCAAAUCGUGCCAGCGCUUGCGCCACGAGUGAAAUCCAUCGACCAUUACGUGCGCGGCAAGACUUGGAUUGCCAGCCAGAUUGCCGAGGAUGUUGUCAAAGCUCGCCACAACAACGGCACCACGACAUCCAAUUUCUCCUACACGCCCGAGGAGAUAGAGGCCUGGCGGAACAACCCUGCCGCCUACUUGCAGUACCGCAAGGUCCUUGAGUUCGGCCUCAACAACAACUACGCGGUCACGCAGCGCGGGAGCGCACGACAACAGGCUGCGAGGGAUGAAUACACGGCACUCAUGAAGGAUCGACUCAGGGAGAAGCCCGAGUUGUGCGACCUUCUCAUUCCCGAUUAUCCACCGCUGUGUAAGCGGCUGACUCCGGGCCCGGGCUACCUCGAAGCCAUUGCAUCUCCCAAAGUGAAUUUCAUCACAGAUCCAAUAAGCGGCGUGGACAGGACUGGUAUCAUCACCGCAGACGGAACCCAUCGGCCCGUGGAUGCAAUAGUCUGUGCGACGGGAUUCAACACUUCGCCUUCCGCCGGGUUCCCUAUCUAUGGUCGAGACGGUGUCAACCUCCGGAUCAAAUAUCGUUCCAGACCAAAGUCAUACCUGGGCUUGUGCACCGACAACUUUCCCAACUUUUUUCAAUCUCUCGGACCCAACAGUUUCCAAGGAGCCGGGAGUCUCCUCAUCAUGCUGGAGCACAUACAUCUUUACGUGGCUCAAAUUUUACAACGGCUGGCCACGGGGAACGUCAAGACGAUCGAGCCGAAAAGAAGCCAGGUCGAGAAAUUCACGGCUUUUUGUGAGGAGUAUUUCAAGAGGACGGUUUACAGCGACAAGUGCGAGAGCUGGUACAAGUCCUCCGACCCUGAAGAGCGGAGAGCCGGCCGGGUCACCGCUCUAUGGCCUGGAAGUUGUAUGCACGCCUUGCAAGCACUCAGUUCUGUUAGAUGGGAAGACUUUGAAAUGGAACCCCACGACGGUAACGAUUUUGGUUGGUUCGGAAACGGUUUGACAACUCGCGAGACUUCAGGAUCCCCCGACAUUGAAGACUUGACUUGGUAUUUGCAGACUACCAACUUCUUGGACACUGUGGAUACAGAUACAACCCAACAAACGCCGGAACUCCAAUGUCCUCAGACAAUAUCAGCAGUGGAUGCGGUGGGGCCAGAUAUCGGAAUGCAGGAGCGCAAGGCCCAAGAAAGUAGUGAUCGCAACCGCGUGGAUAACCAAGUCAACGGCUUUGGUCAGCAGCACUCCGAGUCUGUCAAUUCUUGUGGAGUGGACGCGGUCAAUGUCACGAAUGGAUUGAAGGUUCCCGAGGCGUUCAUGGCCCAGACCUUGGGAUUAUCUCGUCCUGUUGAUAUUCACCAGUGGACGACGACUACAUGAGCGGGAACAUGGCAGUACGAGUGGAUAGAAACAGAAUCUUAGAAGUUGAGCAUAGAACUUGGGUGAUGCUUGUUGUAAACAACCUUUACCCACCACCUGUGUCGUCCGGCAUUGUAUCCAAUAGCCAAUUAAAGUCGCUGGCUCCAAAGGA